CAACACAAUCAGCAACUUGCCAUGUAAACACUAAAUAGUUGUAGUUAGUAUCAUUAAUAUCAUAUAGUCAACAUGGUUGUCUGGACACAAUAGAACACAUUAUGAUUCAGAAAAUGACCAGCCCAACUGAUCCUACAUUGAUUCUUCAGGUGGGCACACAAGCUAUUUGUAAUAUGUUGACAAACAAUUCAACUGCCAUUGCCACUGUAUGGCAUGCAUGGUUAACAGAACCAGAAAGAGGCAUGCUUUGGAGUUAUGUUCUAUCCAAGAGUGAUGAUGGAUUAAUCAUGAGUGCACUUGUGCUGAUCAUUAACUGUAUACGUGGCCAUCAACAACGAUGUGAUUUGUUUGUAUCUUCCAAGUCUGGACAAGAUAUGCUGUCUGCUAUUUUAGGAGAUAUGGAAAGACUCCAUGAUAAUCAAGACAGUAAGAAUUUCGAAUUAGGCUAUACUGUCCUGAGUGAAUUAUUCUCUUUUGGUCAUUUCAAGACAUUGUUUAUACAGGUGGAUGACUAUAGCCAUAAAAUCCCACUGAGUGAUCAUCAGAUCAUUUUACUCAAGUGCUUAGACGCCAAGAUUCACAGCACAGAUGAAUUCCCACCAUGUAUCAGCACGCAUGAAUUAACUUUGCUUUCUCAGACAUUGGCUCAUAUUGGCACACUUCAGAUUACAAAUAAGAAUGAAGACCUUGUUCAGCCUAUUUAUACAGGUAUUAUCCUGAUACUUGAAAUACUGAAUGCCUUGUUUGUAUUGGAUCAACCCCGAGUAAAAGCUUAUUUAGUUCAAGUGAAUGCAGUCACCCUGAUGAUAGACCUGUUGAGGUUUAUGGAGACAAUUGAACUAACUACGACAGAUCAACCUAAAGUUGGUUUUGAUUUCCUUAAAAGAGAAUGCGUGCGAUUAUUAGGUACAUUAUGUUAUAAAGACAAAGAGAUACAAGACAAGAUUCGAACACUAGGUGGCAUCCCAUUGAUUUUAUCUCAACUCAAGAUAGAUGAUAGCAAUCCAUACAUAAAAGAAUAUGCUGUUCUUGCUAUUCGUCAUUUACUCGAGAAUAACACAGAAAAUCAACAAUUUAUUCAAGAAUUAGAACCACAACAAGUGAUUCAAACAAAAGAACUCGCAGAAAUGGGUAUUCAACCCGAGUUAAAAGAAGGCAAAAUUAGUAUUAGAAGAUCAUAAUACCCUUAUUUAGAUUUAGGAUUGGGGUUGUUUGUGUUGCCUUGAAUAAAGUAUAAAAAAAAAAGUUUUUUUUUUU